AUGCCAAGGUACCUUUGCCUCCACCCAUCCUACCCAUCACUCCUGCUUACACUCCCGCAGAAGGAUAAGCCCAAGUACGAGCCUCCGCCACAGCCCACCACUCGCAUCGGCCGCAAGAAGAGAAAGCAGGCCGGUCCGAAUGCCGCCGCUAAACUCCCCAACAUCUACCCUACCGCCCGCUGCAAGCUCCGAUACCUGCGCAUGCAACGCAUCCACGACCAUCUGCUACUAGAGGAGGAAUAUGUCGAGAACCAGGAGAGACUGCGCAAGGCCAGAGCUGCAACCGCCCAACAGCCCUCGUCCGCCCCCGCUGACAGUGAUGCCAUGGACCGCAACGCCGACGAAAGAAGCCGUGUUGACGACAUGAGAGGUAGCCCCAUGGGCGUCGGAAAUCUCGAGGAGCUCAUCGACGACGACCACGCCAUCGUUUCAUCUGCCACUGGUCCCGAAUACUACGUCAGCAUCAUGUCCUUCGUCGACAAGGACUUGCUCGAGCCUGGCGCAAGCGUUCUUCUGCAUCACAAAUCCGUCUCGGUCGUCGGUGUCUUGACAGACGACGCCGACCCUCUCGUCUCGGUCAUGAAGCUCGACAAAGCUCCCACUGAAUCAUAUGCCGACAUUGGUGGUUUGGAACAACAGAUCCAAGAAGUCCGCGAAGCUGUCGAGUUGCCCUUACUCCACCCUGAGCUGUACGAGGAGAUGGGCAUCAAGCCACCAAAGGGUGUCAUUCUCUACGGUGCUCCCGGUACUGGAAAAACACUACUCGCAAAGGCCGUUGCAAACCAAACCAGUGCUACCUUCCUGCGCAUCGUCGGUAGUGAAUUGAUUCAGAAAUACUUGGGUGACGGUCCUAGACUUGUGAGACAGCUCUUCCAGGUCGCCGCCGAGCAUGCCCCUAGUAUCGUCUUCAUUGACGAGAUCGAUGCUGUUGGUACCAAGCGUUACGAGUCCACCUCGGGUGGUGAACGUGAAAUUCAACGUACUAUGCUUGAGCUUCUGAACCAGCUGGAUGGUUUCGAUGACCGUGGUGAUGUCAAGGUCAUCAUGGCCACUAACAAGAUCGACACACUGGAUCCUGCCCUUAUCAGACCUGGUCGUAUCGAUCGCAAGAUUCUCUUUGAGAACCCCGACCAAAACACCAAGCGCAAGAUCUUUACCCUCCACACAUCCAAGAUGUCUCUGGCUGAGGAUGUUGACCUCGAAGAGUUUAUCAACCAGAAGGAUGACCUCUCGGGUGCUGAUAUCCGUGCCAUGUGCAGUGAAGCUGGUCUCAUGGCGCUGAGAGAGCGCAGAAUGAGGGUGAACAUGGCCGACUUUAGAUCAGCCAGAGAGAGUGUGCUCAAGACCAAGAGCGAGGGCGAGCCCGAAGGUCUCUACUUGUAG